GUUGAUCCAUUGAGCAAAGAUCCGUUGAACAUUGGUUGAACAUGCUGAAAUUUUUUCAACUUUAACUUGACUUUGCUCAAUAUUUGAAUGUUUGAACAUUCUUGCGCAUCAGCUGCGCAGGCACCAUCACUUCAUGCGAUGACGUCGAUAUGCAGUGGACCAAUUAUGAUAUAUAUUGGGACAUUCCAUCCAUACUCGGUUCACCUCAGCUUUCUUCUUCCCUUCCAUCAUCUCGUCCUCCUCUCAGCAAAAUCUCGCUGUUGACCUCAACCGUCCUGACCUUUUCACGGCCUAAUCCAUCUGCUGAUCCCACCCACUCGACCGUAGUCAUCCAAGUAAGUGCUAUUUACGGCGCAUAUAUGCAAACAUUUCGAACAUUCUCACUACCAUUGUCCCGAUUAUCGACACGUCCAGCAGCUUCAACAGAUACACCGUUACAAGACAGUCGAUUGAAACACGAGAACGAGGUAGUUGUCAUUUUAAGGACUCCCAUGUACCAGAAGCUGAAGAAGAUCUUCCUCGUCACAUCUUUGCUGAAGUACCCCUGGCCGAGGAAGCUUGUGGUCCGUGGAUGGUUUCAAGGUGGCCCGGGAAGCCGCCUUAGACCUGACUCGCGCUUCAAGGUUGAAGCAAAACUGAGGUUUGGUACUACUUCGAGCCUGUGGGUUGCUCGUGAUUUGAGAAAGGACAACUAUGUUGCUCUCAAGAUAUUGAACGAAUACGCCAGCAAGAUCUACCGCUUCACUGGCGUCAGCACCCGCAUCAACAACAUUCUGGACAGCGUACUAGGCCCGGUCCAUCUGCACAGCUUCAAUGAAAAUUUUGUGGACUGUUGGCUACAGCCUGACCCCUGA